AUGCCACCAGGCAGUCCUCAGCCAAAGACCUUAGACACCAUGGACACUGUCAUCCGCACAGCCAGAGCUGAUGAGAUUCCAGCCAUUUUGGACUUUGUCGGAAAGGCCCGCGCCGACAUGUUUCCGAUGCUGGACCCGAAAUCUCACAAGAAGACAGUGGAGCGUGAGCUUGUCAGCUUCAAGGGGACCUACCUGGAGCACUCCAACGGCGCAUUCUUAACAGCCCGGGUCGAUGGUCGUUUAAUCGCAACCAUUGGCUAUCUCAACUACGACGGACGUUUCCCACAACUCAAGUUCAGUCACGAGCGAGUCGUUGAGGUGGUCCGGCUCUACGUCGACCCAGCCUGGCGCCGGGCCGGGCUGGCCUCGAAGCUGUUUACUGCCCUGGAACAGACUGCACGCCAAGCAGGGAUCAAGCAACUGUACCUACACACCCACCCCUUCCUGACCGGCGCACGGAGUUUCUGGGAGCGGCAGGGCUUUUCUGUUCUUUGUGUUGAUGAAGACCCGGUGUGGCAGACGACGCAUAUGAGCCGGCUUUUGGAAGGAUAA